GUCAAGUCAACGAACUGAUGAACUUGGCGGUUUCAAUAAUAGUUUUGAUAAAAAAUCUAUAGAAAUGCCUCCCAAGAAGCGUGAUAAAGAUAGUGAAACUAAUAAAAACUCUAAAAUUGACCACUUACAAGCAGACCAUGAGUUAUUCUUACAAGCUUUUGAAAAACCCACUCAAAUAUACAGAUUUCUACGAACACGCAAUAUGCUAUCGGUAUGUAUUCUUGAUUUUUUUGUUAUAAAUAUAAUGUUCCUUAAACCACCAUCUAUUACUAACUUUCAUUCGUUCCAGCCAAUAUUUCUUAAUAGGACACUGUCCUACAUGAAGCGUAGAAUGUCUAGAAGUAAUAAAAGCCGAAUUGGAUUUAAAGUUGAUUCCUUGCUUGACAAAAUCACUUUGAAAAAAAGCACAGAACUUCAGCCAAACAGCUUGGGAGGUUAUAUGACUCUUACUUUCCUAGGAUUUUAUGACAAAAGUCUAGAUGACCCAAGAGAUUAUCAAGUAAAAGUGGAGACCUUACUUCUAAAAAUCUGUCAUAAAAAGAGGAAAGAAAGUUCAUCAGCCAUUGUUGAAGUUUCAGUUGGCAGUUGCUCAGUGCCCCUCAAUCCUUCAACAUCGGAACCUCCAGCGAUGGCAUCAGCUGUUAGUAUAUCUAGUGACACAUUUAGUCCUUCCCAAGGCCCUAAUGUGAAGUCAUACAUGCUCAUGCUUCGAGUUACUGUCACUAGGGCUUCAGGAAUUAGUACAAAUGGUGCUGCAAGCUCUUCUGAAAUUACCAAUGGUGAUUCUGAUGAGCCAGUAACGAAAAGACUGAAAUCAUCCUCUACGGAUCAUCUGAACUCAUCUGACAACAAAUGGACUAAGCUCUAUGGAAGUGAGCUAAUUGUCUAUGACAAACAUAAUAGAUGUCUCCUUACUAAUGGAGAAUAUGACUUAGUUUUGCAUGAUGCAACACCAGGAGGGAGAAGCGCUACAAUUGCUAGAUCUCCACAUAAAGCCCUAAUGGCACAGUGGGAAAAUAUUCCUAAUGAAAAUGACAUACAUACAGAAACAAAUCCAUUUGAUAUAUUUAAAGUGAGACCAUUAUUGAAAUUAAAAUUAAGCUGGAGCCAAGAACCCACUAAUGGUUUAGUGAAUAGACCCAAAUUGUAUCAACAGACCAAUGAAAGUAAUGGUGUUAAAAAAGAAACUACUAGCAACAAAGACAAAAUACCUAUGCAAAAAUCUAGUACUAGUGAUAGUAAAAAUGGCGAGAAGCUGAAGAUUGAGCCAAGUGAUGGUGAAUCAAAGCGUCAACAAAUCAUCUACCAAUUCCUAUAUAACAACAACUCCAGGCAGCAGACGGAGGCCUGUGAUGAUCUGCACUGUCCAUGGUGUUCAUUAGACUGUGGCACAUUGUACUCUCUACUCAAACACUUGAAACUUUGUCAUUCCAGAUUUAACUUCACAUACUUUCCGAUUCAGGGCGGAGCACGCGUGGACGUGUCGAUCAACGAGUUGUACGACGGGUCGUACACGGGGUCCCCGCACGACCUGAUCGCGGCGCAGGGCCGGUCGACGGCGGGCCCACUGGCGGGGUCCGGGUCCGGGCCGGGGUCCGGGUCGGGGGCGGGCCCGCGCGCGGGGCCCUCGCGGCGCGCGGCGCUGUCGCGGGUGCUGGUGUGCCGACCACGUCGAGCUCGCCGCGCGCAUCACUCCCUCGCUGAAUUCCUCGAGCUGGACGAUGAUAUGGCCGAUGCGCAGCGCCCUUACCUCGCCGGACACAAUAGACUUUAUCACCACACGAUUACUUGCCUGCCUGUAUAUCCCAACGAACUCGACAUUGAUUCAGAAAGUGAAACGGACCCGUUGUGGCUUCAACAAAAGACUAUGAUGAUGAUAGAUGAGUUUACAGAUGUGAAUGAGGGUGAGAAAGAACUGAUGAAAAUGUGGAAUCUACACGUCAUGAAAUACAACUAUGUUGGUGACUGUCAAAUUCCUAUUGCAUGCCAGAUGUUCCUACAGAUGAAAGGUAAGGAGCUCCUAGAGAAAAACUUGUAUAGGAACUUUAUUCUUCAUAUGUGCUCCUUACACGACUUUGGGCUUCUCAGUCCGGUUGCACUUUACCAAACUAUUCAAAUGCUCAACCAAAUGUUGGCAGACAAUGCCGAAGCCAAAGAAAAAAUGCGCGAAUCGCUAAAAGCUCAGCGCGAGCACUGGAACGCGGUUGGUAAAUACCAACAGCCUGCUAUUAUAGAGCAGAAACCACAAUUAAAUACGGCUAAAUUAAACAAUGUAGAGGCUUCGCCGUCAGUAAGGCGAAAAACAUCGAAUUUGCAAAACGCAAAUAGAAUGGCUAGUGCCAGUGCUAACUUUAGCAAGUCAGCUAGCCCCGGACCCAACCACCCUGAGAAUAAGAGGAAAAUGUCGUCUGGAAGCAUACAGAGUAGAAAACGCACAUCAAUAUCAGAAAGAAAAAGCUCUGUAUAGCGAAUAUUCAGUGUUUAAUAUAUAACGGACUCGCCCAGAGAACUAAAAUCUUCAACAAGUACACUAGGAAUGUAAUCUAAAAGUAUUGUUUUUAAACUGUUAGUUAACUCCCAAUAUUUUCUUUACAUCGUUGCCAAUAAUUGCCAGGAGUUUAAUGACUAAUAUUUUCAUAAUAAAAUAAGUUCCCUUUCUUUUAUUUUUAAAACAGAUUAUCAAGUAAACGGUAAUAGAAUUAUUUUUCAGAUUUUUAAGUACAUAAUUAUUCUAAAUAUAUUUGGCGCCAUAUCAAUCAAACUAAACAAUUAUUUCUCAUUACUAUUAGUUAUAAUAAAAAAUUCGUUACUGCCCAAUAUGAUUGUGUUUAGGUAUAAGUAAAUCCAUGAAAUGGAUAACGAUAAUUUUAGUUAUAAAAUUAUAACUUAAUGUUUAACUUUUCCUUUCUGAACUUGGAUCUCUAUUAACAAAAAUGUUUGCAUUUGAGUUGUAUUUUCACAAAUCUAAUUAAUUAGUAGAAUUUUAGUAGCUGUGAUUUUGUCAAUCGUUUAUUUACACGUAUUUUGUAGGUUAAUUUUAUGAUCACUAAAGUUAUUGUAUCGUAUUAUAUAGGUAGUAAUCAGCUUUUAUGACAAUACCUUUAUGCCACCUAUCAAAAUAAGUACAUAGGAUUUUCUAUUUUAAUAUAGCAGAGUAUUUUUAUGGAAUGAACUAAUAUUGAAAGUAUAAAUCAACAUGCAGAAAUAAAGUUCGAGUAUUUCGAUAUUUUUUUACGAUAUUGGUACAAAUACAAUUAGCAUCAACAUGUGAUUUUUGAUAAUAAUUCGUUUUUAUAUUUCCAUUUAUAAAAAUAAAUCAUAAUUUAAAAUUCCAUGAUGAUGAUAAUUAAAAAUAGAUUCAAUAGAAUUAAAAAUGUAUCAAAAUAAGCACUAUAUCUUGUCAUUUUUAAGACAAACAUCACUUGUGAAAAUGGUAUUUUAUAGAAAAUUCUCAACUACGAUUUUAUCGAAUGUUGUCAAAGAGUAAAGUAAGUAUACCUGAGGAUUGUAGAGUUCAGCCGUCGUCGUAUCCCUGUUAUAUUACUUGUAAGCAUACAAUUGAAAUUUUCAAAAAUUGCAUAGAAAAUUGCGACUUAUUUUAUAUUUAAAUUUGUGAUAUUUUUUUUAUAAUCAGUGUUGACUGUUGCUUGAAAAGAACGUUACGUUGUUUGUUCAGUAAGUCUCAUAUAUAUGAUCAGACAGAUAUAUGAACUGAUAUUAAAAAUGAACUAUAAAAUCAAAGAUUAAAUGAACUGUAUUAAUGUAAUAUUAAUAGAAAUAUUAAAUAAUUAUCAUUCCUUCAUAUUACGCUAAAAAUGUUACAAUAAACAAUCAUAUCACUGCCAUAGAUGUAGUUAUGAUGAUAUAAAUAAAUAUUGGAAAUAAUUCUAAUGCUGAAUUCACACAGAAUUCGCGAUAUUAUCAAAUUUAAUUUCUUAUAUUACUAGUAUAAUCAUUUAGGUAAUAUAAAUCGCAUCGCAAUCGCAUUUAUACGUGCAUGCACAACACAAUAAAUUAUUAUGCGUUUCGUUCUGAAAUAAAUGCGCAAGAAUGACUUUAUGGACUGUACGGAGGACGUAGACAUUUGACAAAUGAAUAUAUGGCUUCCCGACACAUGAGGUAGAAUAGGAUAGCAAUAUCUAGCGUCUUAUUCUUGAAUAAUUUAUGGACAACUUACUUUGUCAGUUGUAUAAACCCGUCGUAUUUGUAGUGAAAUAAGCGUGAUGAAUUUACAGCCUAAUAUAAAAUAAAGAUUUUCUUGUCUAUAAAAGAUCCGCGAUAUCUACACCAAAGCUUAUUUUUAAUAGAUAUCGCGAAUCUAACUUUCGGGUUUAGUACACAUUAUUUAUAUAGUUAUACGGGAUUUUACAUGAAUAAUUUUAUGUUAAAAAAUUGUUUACCUCUCUGGACGUUGAGCAUAAAAUUAUGUGUACAAACCUGUUUAACUAUAUUAAUAAUGUCCACUAAAUUUGUACUGAUUUUAUGGUUCUUUCUAGCGAUCGAUAAGACUUGCCUCUGUAUUAGUCCUCUGGCCUGUACAGAUUUUGUCACAAUUUAAACCGAUUUUUAUCGGAAUCUUAAAUUGUUAUCUAAAUGGCUAUAUUUAAUUUUUUAUAAUUAUAAUAAUUAUAGUGAACGCUGCCACUUCUCUACUGACAAUAUUACAUGAUUAUGAAAUGGGCAGGACAUUUGUAUUUUAGCAAUAUAAAAUAAUUAUUUUAUAUAUUAUUAUACAUAUAUCUAUAAGUUCUAUAAGUUUAACACACAUAAACAGUAGUGAUACUAAGUAAACCGUUAGUUAAAUUUUGUGUAUCUUAACAUUGUAUGAGAAAAAACAUUGUUUUAGUGAAUGAUCAAUAAAAUAUGGCAAAAUUGAGUAAAUUUUUAUGGUACUUGUAUAUUUUCAUUGGGCAGGCACUGCACUAUCUCUUCACUACAUUAGUCAAAUUAUAUUAUUAAUGAUGAUUGUUAUUUUUAAGCACCUACUUGUAUUCAUUGGACUCGAAAAGAAACUAAAUCUCGUAAUUAAUCUAAAAUAUACAUUACUUAAAUAUGCUAUUAAUAUUAUGCAUGUUUAAUGGUACGAUAAAUGUUUUAGAUGUAUUUCCAUUUUUGCAAGGCUGUUUUGAAAAAGAAAUAGUUUUUGUUAUUUUUGUAUUGUUCCAUUUUGAGUAACGUUCAGUAAAUAAA